UUACAUAAAUGGAAUUCUUCUUCCUAAUAUAAUGGUUAUACAUUUUUGAUUUACAUUAUAAAAAAAUUAUUGGUUACAUGAGAAGGAAUAUUCGCUAAAUCGAUGGUUGAAUGCUGGUAUAUUUUUGUUAAGUAGCUUGGCAUAUUUCGAUAUCACAAGUGCGGUCACGCUGCGCAGCAUAAACAAUGUUUAUUAAACAUUUUCCGCGUUUAUUUAUCAACUAACUAUCUAGCUCUCGUGCUUGGUAAUUUGCUACCAAAAGCGUCAUAAAUGAGCAAAAUACAGCGCAUAAGUGUUUUUCAAAAGGUUUAUUUUGUAAUUAGGUGAUAAGACACCCGCGGUUAGUUGUGCCACCUCACAACGCACAUGGAGAAUUCUACGGCGUCGCCGUCGAAGACAACGACAACGCCAAAGAAACGUAAGCAUAGCGAAUACCAUGAUCCGGAUUAUGGUUUUGGCUACCAUAGCCAAAGUGUCGAUACCUCAAAGGAGAAACGCGUUAAGCUAGAGCAAAUCUACAACUCAGAUGACGAAUGUUGUGGUCAGCAGCAGGAUGUAGCAAUCGAUAACUCACCGCGGAGAAAAGAUAAUGCGGCACAGCUGAAACGUAUUGAGGAUAUUGUGCGAGCUGAAUUCCAGAAGGAGUUGAACCUCAAGGAACAGCAGUUGAGCGAGAUUGACAGUCGAUUACUGCAGGCGCGGCAGCUACUGGACAAGUUACGCUACCAAGUGGUCAGCGAGUACUAUAAGAAGCAGCAGGUGUCGCUGUCAGCUGCCGAUGUCGCUAGAAUACGCUCGAGUGACACAUUGUUCGGCGAUGGUGCCGAACACAAUGGUGCGCAACUAGCAUUGCAUCCGGCCAUCAAGAAGAUUGUGGGCAAACGUCCUGCUCCCAUUCAAUUGCAUCUGCCGGAGCGAACAGCCGCCACUUUGGCCAAACAGACAAUUCGGCUAAGAAAUCCAGCGCACCGACGGGCAGAACGUCGUCGGCAGAUGAAAAUACGAGAAAAAGGUAUUGUAACGGACCAUUCACAGGAUAAGGUGAAGAAUACGAAUGAAGUUAGCUGUGAUGAGCAACCUUGCACCAGCAAGCAAGCAUACAAGCGUCAACAGGAGCAACUACUGGGAAGGGGACUUGACUCCAGCUCUGUGUCGGCCCUGAAUGCCUCGCGCUUAAAUAACAAGAAUAAAUUCCACUUUGUGAUAGGCAAUACUUCGAAGUACAUCGGUGGUUCAGACUAUGAACCGCAAGGCAGCCAGGGAUUGGCGUACAAGUGGCUGGUCUAUGUCCAUGCCAAGAAUUUGCCUCAGCCAAUGGAGACGUAUCUUAAAAAAAGUAAGUUAAAGACGUCACAAUUGUGUUUGUAUUAAUUAUCCUGUUGCUUUUAGGUACGCUUUCAACUGCAUCAUUCGUAUCGACCCAACGACAUUGUGGACGUGCACUCUCCGCCCUUUCAGCUUUCACGUCGGGGCUGGGGAGAGUUUCCCAUGCGCAUUCAGCUCUACUUCCAGGAAAAUUUGCAACAGAAGCCCGUUCAACUAAUGCAUACGAUUGUGCUGGACAAAACAAUGUGUGGAUUGCACACAAUGGGCGGGGAGACCACUGUUGAGGUUUGGCUUCGUGCUGAUGCGAUUGCUCCACCUGAAACAUCUACGACAACAGCACCCGUAACAAUCAAGCGAGAGCCACUUACAGCGCCACCUACGUCUGCUUCUGCACCUGCUUUGCAUUUGAUGGCGGAUAGCUCGAAGCCGCGAACGAUAUCAAUAACUCAAAAUAAGGAGGAACUCGAUGAUAAUUUAUUUGCGUGCAUCAAUAAGAUCGAAUUAAGCGACGACAUUGAGCAAAUUGAGCCCACUGUUCUUGUAUCGGAGCCAUUGAAGCUUAGCAGCCCUAAAAAAGCACAACCAACACCCGUUACGCCCAUCAAAAUGCAUACCCGCCUCAAUUCCAUGGAUACAACCUUCACUACGCGUUCGCCAGCAGCCAGUCUGAAUGCUCACAUGUCCUUUAACGGAAAUACUUAUAGAAAUCCGCAUGAGCUGCAUAAUGGACACAAUAAGGGCCAAGUAAAGAACGUAGUGUUCCAGAAGGCUGGCAAACUCUACAUCAUUGAUCCACUGCAGUCAAAACUAAAGCAAGCAGCCAAACAGCAAUCGCUGCUGAAGCCACAGCUUAGCUUGCUUAAACAGCCGCAGCCAGCGCAGCAGUUGUCGAAGCGGUGGCACAUUCUACAGUGUAUGCAACAUGAUCAUGGCUAUGCCAACAUGAGUAGUGACGAGGCACUGUCAAUGCCAGUUGUGCCACAAAGCCAACGCCUACGCUUGGAGCAGGUGUUUAAUGGCAUUCAAUUCCAGAGUAUGCGCACUGCCGUUGAAUUUCUGCUGCGUCGAUUGCCAUUGACUGGUCUUUCAAGUAGCGAAUAUGUAUUUGGCACUCAGACAAUGUCAGCGUUUUUGGUUCAACCUGCCUUGCGUCAACGUUUCUACGAGAUUAUGCGCGGUCGCCUUUUGUCUCGUUGCAUGCGUCAUCACCAGCGUUUGCAGCAUCUGCAUUCAACAGGCAAGGAAUACUUUUGGAGCGUACGUGAGAUUGUUGCCUUUGCGCGUCUCCAUGGCUACACGCCGCCCCUGAAAAUGCUUUGUGUUACCCGGGAUAAAACAACAUCGGCGCCAACUCCUUUAUCAGAGCGGGUCCAGCAGCAACUGAAGGAGGAGCCGCAUCGACAGUUUCAAACCUUUUGCACUCUUAGCACAAGAACCCGCAUAGACAAUUGGCUAACUGGAAACGCAAAACGCUUGCAAUGCCGUGUUGAACAAGUCGAGGAAAUGCAAUUAGUCGAUGUGCUUGGAUUGGAUGCAUCUACAUCGCGAAUUUCCAGACCAUCAAGCAUUCCUCAUAAUAAUCCAAAUAACCAUCAGAUGCUAUAUUUACCGCCACCGUCGAAACUUGAAGCUGCAACACAGCUUGUGCGCGACAUGUGUAAAGAUGUUGGCAUUGUCCUCGAUACGGAGCAGUGUGUACCGGGUGUUUCGCAGUCGUUAGCUCUCACAUUGCUAGCCCAUGUGUUACAAAUGUUUAUCGAAAAACUAGUGCGCCGUGCAGCGAGUAAUAAGCUGCAGUUGCAGCAGCAGUCACAUGCAAUAGAGACGCUGCCUCCCGCCGCAUCCAACGUGGAGUUAGCCUUAUCGCCCUAUGAUAUAGGGCGAGUCAUCGCGAAAAGCGAUGAGCUCGACUUUCUUGGUAAUUGUAAUCUUGGUGUGGCCAGCAGGGAUAAUCAGUCCUAGUCAUCGCGAUAGAUGCCAUGUGUUUUGUUGUUACUCGUUUACCUAUCGUGUAGUUUCAAAUUCUCGGGGAUAUUAUAGUUGUUGAUUUAUAAGCUAUUACUAGUUACAAUACGAAUGUAUUGCGUACAUAUUUAAUUCAAGAUUUAAAGUAUAUUUUUUUACGUCACACUUUCAAUAAAAUAUAUUUAUAUGAAAAAAGGAAAACUCGAAUUUUGCCAUGGGUUGAUGAAAAGAAAAUGAGUUUUCUGUUAUUGAUAGUCAAAAUGUUGGGAGUACGUUACUAAAUGGUUGGAAUUCUUUUCGAAUGUUA